UACUAUACGACUGCUUCAGGGUCCCUUUUCUCUCUCAAAGACUUAUCGCGUUAAGCAAUAUGGCUGAAUUGACUGCAGAAGCCCAGCUUGUUCAAAGUUGAGUUCUUUUAUUUAAUAUAAUUUAGAGAAUGUCAAUGGGUUCCAAACGAUGCCCAAACAAGAUACUGCAUGCCUUCCUAACAUGCAGAUGCAGCCCGAAGAAAUUGAAAGGAAAGCUCGGGUGGAUGCUGUUUGGGAGCAAAUGAACAAAGGAGUGUCUACGAGGACCCUGUACUCCAUAAUAAACAAGCCUACCUUAGCAUCAAAUAAAGCUUCCUCAAAAAGUUCGUCAAAAUCGUCAUCUUCUAGUUGGAUGACAGUACUGGGAUUGUCCCAAAAGAAGACAUUAGAGCCUGGAAGAAGCACACCAGAGAAGUGCCUUAGAACUACUCAAAAUGAUACUAGCGAGGAGUCAAAGAAGCUGGCUGCUGCUGCUCUCUCUGCAGUAAAGGAGGCUGCCACAGCUGCUGCCUCUGCAAGCCGGGGUAAAGUGAUUACUGAGGUACGAGAUUUUGCUGGUGAAGAUGUUGAAAUAAAGAAAUACGUUGACGCCAAUUCUGCAGAAGCAUCUGAUAAAGGCAAAGGCCCAGCACCACCUGCCUCUGCUGUUGACAUUAUCCUUGAACAAAUAAAAAAGAAGCAGAAACUGAGUGUACUUGAUAAGACAAAGAAAGACUGGGAGGGAUUCAAGGGAGAAAAUAGAGGGAUGGAAGAAGAGCUGGAUGCUUACAAGAAGAGUUCCAAUCAGUAUCUAGAUAGGGUUGGUUUCUUAGAGCGUGCUGAUUACCGAGAAUUUGAGCGGGAGAGAGAUGCUCGUCUUGCAAUGCAUGCUAAGAGGAAACCAGAAAGCAUGAGAGAAGACUACUGAAAAACUUACCUU